UAUUUUUUGGAUGACGAAAAGGUUAGUAGCUCUAUAAGAAGCCUGGGAUGGCACAUUGAGCCCUAGGUGGUCCUGGCAGACGAAGAAAACAAACCAUUCUGAAUCAGCUUGUAUAUCUGCAUCAUCUCAUCACUUCCAUCAUGAAGUUGCUGGUUUUGUGUGUCCUGGUUUUCUCUGAGAUGGCAUGGGCCGGAGCUGAUCCUGUUCCAAAUGAUGGCUCUGCUGAUGAAGAUCCAAUGGACUUGGUCCAGAGAUCUGCUUCUUGUUCUUCUGGCUGGUCUGAGUACAACGGUAACUGCUACCACUAUGUUUCCAUGCCCUUGGAUUGGGCUUCAGCUGAGAAGCACUGCAUGUCCAUGGGGGGACACCUGGCAUCAGUUCAUAACCUAAGGGAGUACCAUCAGAUUCAGAAUGUGAUAAGAAUGGCAACUUAUGGGUCCGGACUUACAUGGGUUGGAGGCAGUAAUGCACAGAAGACAAGCAUUUGGCUUUGGAGCGAUGGAAGCCAAUUCCACUACACAAACUGGUGUCGAGGACAGCCUAACAAUUUGGGACGCGGACAGCACUGUUUGGAGAUUAACCUUGAUGCUGCAAAGUGCUGGAAUGACCGACAAUGUGGGGAACGUCGCCCAUCUGUCUGUGCCAAGAAAGCCUGAGCAGUCCGAGAGGAAGCCUUUUUCUGGUGUAAAAAACAGUGAACCAGAACUGGUGGAGGAUGCUAUAGUGUAUUUCAGUUAUUCUGCCACAUAGAAAUCCUAUUUUCUAAAAGCUAUUUCUUCUUUUACUUCAUAUAAUUUCUCCUUUUUCUAACAGUAGAAUAACCCACACAUAAACAACAGUUAGAUUAGAGCAGAGUGAAUGUUUUAUAAGUGGUGAUUUAAGUAAAACCUUCUUCUUUUCUUUAGCCUUGCAUUAAAUAAACUUUUGAAGCAUGAAAACAA